AUGCAACUUACUACCUUUGUCGUCGCUGCUCUCGCGGGCAUUGCCUUUGCCGUUCCCCAGGCUCAGGUCACCGACUGCCCUGCGACCUCUGCUAUCCCGAGCUGCGGUAUGCCUUGCAUCAGCUCUGCUGCAUCGGCUGCCGGCUGCUCUGACAUGAACUGCCGCUGCAGCAAGUCCGCCGUCAUCCAGGCCUCGGCCUUGAACUGCGUGCUGGGCAACUGCGGGCUCGAGACGGCUUUGAAGGUCCGCUCUGCUGCUGCCGCUGCCUGCACGGCUUGCACAUAA